GGCAUUUUAAAAAAAGUAAAUUUUUCCCUAUAAAAGUGGCGUUAUAUUAAAUUAUUUUCAUCAUAUUUCUCGAGAAAAGAAAACAAUGAAGAUGAAUUCCUUGAUAAUGAUACUUUUGUUGAUAUUGACACUGACUGCAGAAGCCAGCAAUCAAGAAAAAGGGAAUAAUGGCUUUGGAAAUAUUUGUGAAAAGAACAAUCCCUGUGAAAACGGCGGCAUUUGUGGAUACACUCGUGGAGGUUACAUUUGUAAAUGUCAAAAGGGAUGGGAAGGAGACGACUGUAGUGAAAAGAGCCCGAUUAUAGACGAAAAGGAAAUUCAACUCUCUGGUUAUAAAAAGGGAUAUGCUGAUAUGGCUGAAACUUUCUGCCUAGGUAUCUUUAACAGCCAGGACUGUUUUGAAUGCACUCCGAAAAGCCAUGCGGAAUGUAAACCUCCAAAUUGCAAGUGGAAGUCAACACCACAUUCAUCUAACCAUUUUUACUGUGGGACACAUUGACUUUGACAAUAAAUCAUAUAUAUGCUUUUUUGCUUUUACAUUUGGUUGUUUUUGUUUUAGCUUUGGACAUUUUUA